AUUAAGUACAAGAUGAAGUAUAUCAUCCUUUUUGCCCUAGUUGUGGCAUUCAUCGGAAAUACUCUUGCAAGUGAAGAGCUAGUUAUCGGAGAAAAUAUUAUUACAGUCAGAGCUCAUUUAGAUGACUCCUUGCAGAACUUUAACAUAUACGUAAGCAUGCCUCAAAACUACUUUGUUGGACUUGGAUUUGGAAGCUCUAUGAAGGAUGCUAACAUUGUUGUCAUCGAUGCUACCGAAGAGAGCUUUAACGGGGUACCAGUCAUCCAUGAUGCUCAUUCCUCAGAGCACGGCAAGCCCGUUGAUAAUGAAGAGAGCGUCUUUAAACUUCUUGAUUCUACUAGCGAUGGAGAUCUAUUGACUGUUGCUCUCCAGAGACCAGUCGUCGUUCAGAGAGACGGCAGAGAUGAGACUAUCCCAUUCGAUGAAGAGAUUAAAAUGAUCUAUGCCUUUAAGGAAGGAAAAUAUGGAUAUCAUGGUAAAGAUAGCAGAGGGUUCUUCACAUUGAAUGUAAGCUCCGAAACUGGAGAUGUUACAUUUAACAGCAAUCCUGUGGGUACAAAGUACAACAAGAUUAAGGAAGCAAUGAAGUAA